AUGGUAAACAAGCCCAUACGAUGCGCGAACAAGGCCGCCGAGAGCGCGUCUGCACGUCUCUGUGCGGACGCCGAAGCAGGAACAACAGCAACUGAUGUCUCAUCAAUUGCUGAAGCGACCCAGCCUGUGUCACUUGGUGAUGCAGGCGCUGGUCAUGAAGACACUCGUGUCUUCACAGAGUACGAGCUCGGUGUCUCGCACUCUCCUGAUACGGAUGACGGAUCCGUAUCGACGGCGAUUGAAUCUAAGCCGCCUGCCAAGCGUGGCAUGGACGAUGCUUUGCGUCGCAGCAUCUUUGGUUCAUCUGAUGAAUCAGAUGAACCAUCGCCGAAGCGAAGGCGCUCGAGGUCGCGAGACUCGGGCGCUAAUAGUGGUGUCGGUUCUCCUAUGGACACCACUUCACAGCGAGGUGCCAGUACUUCUGUCGGCACGUUGCAGGAAGAGCGGGACCGCAAUGUCUUGCGUCUCGCUCCAGAAAAGAAGGCAUGGAUGCCUCCAAAAUCCGUCAUGGAUCACUUGUCGGCGACGACGAGUGAUCGUUAUCGAACACGAUUGUUCGAUUCGUCAAGGAUCCAUCACCUUGACCCCAGCGCGAAAAACUAUCGCGCUGAACAUGAAUUCUUCAUCGAUGCUUUCUUUAGACAUCGAUGGAACAGUGGGAAUCACAAGCGUGAUGGUCCCUCACUACUUCAGGCGUGGAACGCCUACAUCCAUAACCUCGAGGAUGUAGGUCGUGACGCUUGUAACGACAAACUUAUCAAAGCUCGUGAUAAGUUUGAAAAGCGAACCCCGACAGGUGCACGCUACAAGCUGCAUCGUCUGUCUAAGGAGAAAGGAUUACCCUGCCGCUCUUGGGGAGACUCGUGCCCAUGUUGUGUGAACAACUCUGCACGAGCACCUAAGGAGGCUUACCUCCCUACCAGCCCGUGGUGGCGCGUACGUGUCUCUACUGAGAUGUACGAAGGGAUUGACAACCUGAAAUCCCUUUACGACCGUGCCGGGAAGACUUUCUCCGGCGGUCCUUCUGCGGCACAGGAUGUGCCGCGUCGUACUGCUCAACCAGACCCAGUACGUCGAUCAUCAGUUGGGAGCGGGGCUAUCAAGUAUCCCAGGACGGGGGAUAGCCGCGCCACCGGACGAGAUAACUCGUCCGACGUGGAGGAGGAGGGAAGAUGCUCUCCAAACUAUCGUGGGGAAGCGUGUGUCCCCGAGAGCUUAUUUGAUCGCGUAACGCAAGCGUUACGCGGAGAUAUCGAGCAUGAGCGGGACAGGCGUCCUCAACUGGCGGACACUGUCUUAAAGCAUCGAGCUGAGUUUGCCUUUGCUCAGCUUGAGAACGAGAGAGCUCUGACAUCUCUGCGUAACGAGCUAAGGGUAGCUCGUGCGAUUGUUGAUCGGUCUCGGGCUGAGAUAACUGCUCUUCAGACCCUUGUUGAUGCCCACCAUCGGGAGCACAAGGCUCUCUGCGAGAUGCUUGAGCGCAAGGGCGUUCUUCAUCGGAAGAAGCAGCGUACUGAUGGCACGGCUUAA